AUGGUGCAUCCGGAUAUGUUUUCCAAAGCUGCUGUAAGUAAUGAUACAAAACCUGAUAAAGCGAAGGAUGGAGUUAAACCGAAUGAGGUGAAGGAAGAUGUUAAAUCGGAUGCGGUGAAGGAAGAUGUUAGUCUGGUUGAUGUCGAGAUAUAUGUAUGUCAACAGUUUACAAAUGAAAAAUUGUUUAUUGCUCGUGAACAUAUGCUUAAAUGGGUACACAUGGUGGAUGGGAAAUUGGAGUGUGACAUUGUAAUCGGAAGGUCCGACUCUAGUAGAAGGAAAGCAUUUGUAACCAUGAGAUGCGAGAGAAGUGACACGUAUGUUCCACUGAUUCGAAAGUUGAAAUGUGAUGAUACCAGAUUAAGAAAAUCCGGUCAUUCCAUCGCAUGUCGCCUUAAACCGAAGGAGAAUGAAAUUGUUUCAGACGUGCCUUUAAUUAGCGUGGCGCCUAAAGACAUACUCGUAGAUUUGAAACGGAAAAAACUGGAAAUGUUUCAAAUAUCAAGCUGGUACAGAGUUUGUGAGGAUAAAUUCAUUGUUCGUGACAUAUUUUGGACUCAUCCCAAAAGUAUAAAGUUGUUCAACAUAUUUUCCACCGUCCUUAUGAUUGAUUCAACGUAUAAGACCAACAAGUAUAGGGUUCCGCUUCUAGAAAUUGUUGGUGUUACAUCUACAGAGAAGACUUUUUCAGUGGGGUUUGCAUUUUUGGAAUCCGAAAAAGAAGACAACGUUACAUGGGCAUUGGAAAUGUCCAACACCUUAUUGAAGGACCAAGAAAACACGUUGAAGGCAAUUGUCACAGAUUAA